AUGGCUGCGGACCCAGGCAUUUCUAUAUAUUGGGGGCCAGAAGCAGGCAGGAGCCCUACCCACCCAGGAGCAGCUGCAGCCAACCGGCCGUGGACCCAGGCAUCUCUGCACUCUUGGGGUCCUGGGAAGGACCUCCCUGAGCCUGCAGGCUCAAAAAUUCCUGCUCCCGCUACCUGGCUUCUCCCUGCUAUAAUAGAGUACUUGUUAAAAGCAUGUGACACUCAGAUCAGUCAAACCUUGCCAGAACUGAAAAAUGUAGAAAUACUUGCCUUGAAUUCUUUGAGGAGCUCAGUGGAAUAUGAAGAAAAUGGGCAAGAAAAAGAGAGGGAGAGGGAGAGAAGAAAAAAAGAGAAUAACAAUAUAAAUUUCAAGAUGAAAGGAGUGAGAAAACGAUUAAGCCUAAAUUCUAAGAUAAAACCUGGAGAUCUUGAUGAUGAAGAAGAAAGCAAAUUGACGUAUACAGAGAUUCAUCAGGAAUACAAAGAACUAGUUGAAAAGCUGUUAGAAGGUUACCUCAAAGAAAUUGGAAUUAAUGAAGAUCAAUUUCAAGAAGCAUGCACUUCUCUUGCAAAGACCCAUAUAUCACAGGCCACUUUGCAACCUGUGUUGGCAGCAGAAGAUUUUACUAUCUUUAAAGCAAUGAUGGUCCAGAAAAACAUUGAAAUGCAGCUGCAAGCCAUUCGAAUAAUUCAAGAGAGAAAUGGUGUAUUACCUUACUGCUUAACCGAUGGCUCUGAUGUGGUCAGUGACCUUGAACACGAAGAGAUGAAAAUCCUGAGGGAAGUUCUUAGAAAAUCAAAAGAGGAAUAUGACCAGGAAGAAGAAAGGAACAGGAAAAAACAGUUAUCAGAGGCUAAAACAGAAGAGCCCACAGUACAUUCCAGUGAAGCUGCAAUAAUGAAUAAUUCCCAAGGGGAUGCUGAACAUUUUGCACACCCACCCUCAGAAGUUAAAGUGCAUUUUGCUAAUCAGUCAAUAGAACCUUUGGGAAGAAAAGUAGAAAGGUCUGAAACUUCCUCCCUCCCACAAAAAGGCCUGAAAAUUCCUGGCUUAGAGCAUGCGAGCAUUGAAGGACCAAUAGCAAAUUUAUCAGUACUUGGAACAGAAGAACUUCGGCAACUAGAAGACUAUCUCAAGCAGAAGAGAGAUAAGUUGAUGUCCAUGAGAAAGGAUAUGAGGACUAAACUGAUACAAAAUAUGGAGCAGAAAGGAAAACCCACUGGGGAGGUAGAGGAAAUGACAGAGAAACCAGAAAUGACAGCAGAGGAGAAGCAAACAUUACUAAAGAGGAGAUUGCUUGCAGAGAAACUCACAAAAGAAGUUAUUAAUAAGUAAUAAUUCAGAACAAUUUAACAAAAUGGAAGUUCAAAUUGUCUUAAAAAUAAAUUUAGUCCUUACACUGAAAAAAAAAAAAA